UAGUAGUUAAAAGUUAUUUUCCAUCGUAUAUUCUGUGAAAAUGUCUCAAGGAAUUGGUGCAAAACUAGACCAGAUUUGGAAGUGUUUGGGCCCUUUCGGCAAGUUUACUGUGUUGAAUUAUUGUUUAUUAUUGUUCCCAUGUUUUCUAAGUGGUAUGUACACUUCUUCGUUUAAUUUCGAGGCCAUGGAUAUAAAUUAUAGAUGUAAAAUACCACAAUGUGAAGGUUUGAAUGAUACCCUUUGGCUGGAUUAUGCAAUACCAAAGGUUAACAAUAAGUUUGACAAAUGUAACAGUUACGAGUUUGUUGAUGACGAUGGGAAAUGUGAUGUUAAUAGUUUUAACCGUUCGUCUAUAGUUAAGUGUGACGCUUAUGUUUAUAGUGAUGAAGAUUCAAUUGUUAAAGAUUUUGAUCUUGGAUGCCAAUAUUGGAAGCGAACUUUCGUAGGUUCAGCGUACAGCGCAGGAUACUUCAUAGCGCUUCCCCUAACUGGGAUCUUCUCUGACAAUUUCGGUCGAGUGAAAGCGAUAUCCGUAGCAACAUCUAUGUAUGGAGUGUUUGGCUUAUUGAGAUCGAUCUCUACUGGUUAUGUGAUGUUCGUUAUGGCAGCAUUCCUUGAAACUGCCUCUUCGGCUGCCGCGUAUAGCGCUUCUUUUGUCUUUGGCAUGGAAUUAGUGCGACCCAGUGGACGUGUAUUUGGCAACACUCUUAUGAAUUUCUCUUACAUCUGUGGGUCAAUGACCCUACCCAUGAUUGCUUGGUGGUUACAAGAUUGGAGACGUAUGCUUCGACUCGUCUAUACACCCUCACUUUUCGUCAUAUUCUACCUUCUUUUCGUCAACGAAAGUCCAAGAUGGUUACUCAGUAAAGGACGACACGAAGAAGCUAUUGCAAUAGUUAAGAAAGCUGAAACGAUGAAUAAUAUAAAAGUGCCAGAUCAUUUACUAGCUUCUCUCAAAGCUAGUCCUAAAUCUGAAGAAGAUAAAUGUGAAUCGUUCUCAUCUGUUUUUGUCCAAGUAGUGAAAUCAAAAACGAUGUCACUCAGAUUGAUUUUGUACUGCUAUCUGUGGACAUCUUGUGCCUUUGGGUAUUAUGGUAUGUCUAUAAAUUCAGUGUCAUUAGCUGGAAACAAGUAUUUGAACUUUAUGCUGGUGGCCUUUAUAGAAAUACCAGCGAAUACAUUAUGUUGUAUGGUUCUGAAUAAGUUUGGAAGGAAGAAGGUUUUGAUUACAUGGUAUACGCUGAGCGCAGUUUUCUGCAUUUGUUUGAGCUUCUUACCGAAACAGGAUUCCAUAUGGCCGUUAAUUUUCUACCUCGCUGGGAAGUUUUCAAUAACAGUAGCAUACACUACAGUGUACAUCUCAGUAUCAGAAGCAUUCCCCACAAAUGCGCGGCAGUCUCUAUUGGCUAUAUGUUCUAGUACGGGUAGAAUUGGUUCCACUUUGGCACCAUUAACUCCAUUACUUGCGCUGUAUUACGAGAAUUUACCAACCAUAUUCUUCGGAAGUCUAGCUCUGACAGCCAGCGUGUUGUCCCUCGCAACACCGGAAACAAACAAUCUUACUUUACCGGAUAAUACGAAGGAAGCUGAAAAGAUCUCUAAAUAAAAUUAAGUCAAUGAA